AUGAACAUUUGGCCAUGGGGAAAGAAAAAUGCGUCUUCGAAUAAGCUGGCCCAAGAAGACCCCAAACAAGCUCUGUUCAGAGAUGACGAUCAUUUGAUCGAUAAAUUGGCGGGCAAUCUGGAGCAAAACCCGCGUAUUAUCGAGAGCCAGUUUGGCGAGAGUUUUUUGCAGAGAGGCAAUCUCUUACAUAGCUUGGAAAGCGUCAAUUUGCUUGGAAUUGGCCCUCCUGAUAUGGUUCACGUCACAAAAUUUGAUAAGUUCCGCCAACUGGAGGCCGGUGAGUAUCAUUUUCUAACGGGGCUCGAUACCUCCUCGGAAGUGACACCAAUUGCGUAUAUGAACACUUUAAGGCUAAAUGAAAAGACUCAAGUUACGUCACUUGCAUCGACAGGCCCGUCAACGCGAAAUAGAGUGACAACAUAUUGUACUACCAAUAUUUUCAGUAAAGUUGACAUGCGUAUCCGUUACGAAUCUACUUCGGAUUUUCAAGUCACAGUUUUAGAUUGUAAUUCUGGAUCCACAAACGCUCAGCCAACACAAGAACUGUGGGACGAAACAUUGGUGAGCGGUUUUAUACGAGCGGUAAUCAUCAACAAUGACAAAGAACGCAAGUUUCCAGGGCUGGUAGAGCUCCCCAUGGCCCUGGAAAAUGGACUAACGUAUGCCGAAAAACUUCUGUCCGUGGUAUGCAGAUUUCUUCCCCGCGGACGCGAUGUAGGCUGUGAUUUAACAAAACAUACCUCGGCCUCAAUUAAAAAUAACUACUUGCUUGAUGCUUUGAUUAGCUAUCUGCAGGUGGCCAAAAACCUUAAUGUAUUUGUGCUGGAGGUGCUCGAAGAGCUAUGCAUUUCGGAUCCACAGAAUGUGAUUUGUUACUCGAUUGCUUCAAUAGUGGUGCUGAUUAAUAGCGAGUCGCAUGAUACACUGGCAUUCAGAACCAUAAAUGAAAUAAUGCUGAAACUAUUUCCUCUUGGAUUAACUCACUUGGAACAGGAUCAGUUGACAUAUGCGGCUGAUAUGUUAAAUCUCGAGACCAGUCUCUUGCUAGCUAAAAAUGACUACGAACUUGCACUACCCUUAGCUCAAAAAGUCACGGCAAUUUGUUCCGAUAAUUUCGAAGCCUUGGGCCACCUAGCGCGGAUUUAUGUCCACUUGGAGGACUAUCGUUCUGCUUUACUUGUCAUUAAUUCCCUUCCAUCCUUACUACCACGAGACCCUUGUAAAGAAGCAAUGUGGCAAAUGUUUGCGGAUAAUGGAUAUUACCUUAAACCAUUGUGUUCGGGUCCUCACUCUCGCUUACUUUCAAGCGAAUAUAACUUCAUAUCAAACACCCUUAAGUCAGUUAAAGACCAAGACUUAAGCUCUAUGAUUUUUGGACGGAUUGUCAUGCCCCCACAGGCAAACCGUGGGUGCAUAAAGGAGCUCUGGGAUGGCCCCUGCGUAUCUCUUGGGCCAAUAUACGGACCUCAGAGUAAAAAUCUCAUCAAUUUCGUCUCACCCGAAGAAGUCGCCUCUCUAGAAGACUCUGUCUUACUGAAAAGAAACUCGAUGGCUGCUCAACUCAACUAUUCUCUGGCGACCGCUUACGAUUUGCUUAUGAGCAUCGUUACAAACAUAGGGUGGAACUCACUACUGGAGCUGCGAUCUUCGGUAUUCGUUAUGGAGCGAGAGCGUAACCAAGAAUAUACAGAAAUGCUACAACCAGAAUUCAAAGCGAAACGCCUUUGCGAAAAAUGGCUCGAUCAUUUGUUUUUGGAACUGUAUGAAGAUCUCAAGAUCACCUGCGACAAUGAAAGUCACCGCGGGGAAAAGUUUAGUGGCCUAGAAUGGGAAAUCUUAGGCCUGACACACUUGCGUACUUGGAACUGGCAAGAUGCCGUGGCCUGUCUGCGUACUAGUGUAAUGGCCCGGUUUGAUCUCGUUAGUGCUGAGAAACUUUUAGAUCUUUCGAUAAAUUACCAACCCGCAGUCUCUAAGCUGUUAAGUUCGGAGGUUAUACUACCUCUGCUUGUUGAAAAGAUCAGUUACGAAAGUCGCUUUUACAAUUAUCUACAACUGCCCAACCUUCGUAUUCUUGCUCACCUGUGCGCGCUCUUAGGAGUGGAAAAUGUGCGGAAUCACAUAUAUGCACUCCCAUUUGCACAGAGAGGCAUCAUUGCACUCAUGGACAAAUUGCUGAGUUACAUACACGAAUUGAACGAAUAA